ACCGAAAAUACUCAUCUACUCCAGGACCAGCACCCAUCGAUUUCGACUCCGAUUCACCAGCAACAUGCACUAUACCACCAUAGCGUCCCCUCUCUGCAAAAUCAGAGGGAUAGUAGACUCCCAAUGUCGGACGAAGAUCGCUGGGAGGUAGUCGACACUAAUGACCAGCCACGCGCACCAGGCUUAUCUCCUUCUCGCAAUUCGUCAUUUAGUUCUCUACCGCCGGGCGCUUCGCCUCCAAUACCUGCUCCAAGAUCCCCUUCACCUUUCGCUGUCGCUACGAAGAAGAAACAGUCCGCCUUGACACCCGCCUUGGGCAUCCUCAGAGCUCUUGAUCCUCACAGCCUCGAUAGCACCGCUCACAACAAUGAUUCUUCUCUCUCGGACCAUGGACAUGCAGAUAGGAAAAACCGUUUUUGGAACAAGGACAAGCAUCAGGAAAGCUUAAGAGACGACGAUCCGUCCCGCGUUACCAGGAUGAUAGGUUUCUUUACCGCUACUGCUUCGGAAGAUUGGAGCAUGGUACUUGAAGUCUGUGAGCGCGCUUCAGCCAGUGAAGCUAAUGCGAAAGAAGCUGUCCGUGCAUUAAGACGAGAAUUCAAAUAUGGUGAACCUUCUGCACAAUUAUCCGCUGCAAGGCUAUGGGCCAUCAUGCUACGCAAUUCUACCGAAACAUUCAUCUCACAGUCAACGUCAAAAAAGUUUCUCGACACUCUGGAAGACGUUAUAACGUCUCCGAGAACGUCACCUGUCGUUCGCGAACGAGUGAUGGACGUUGUGGCCGCUGCCGCAUACGCCAGCGGAACAAGAAAGGACACUGGUUUCAGGGGACUUUGGCGAAAAGUCAAACCUCCAGAAAAGCCUGAUGAGGGCAUCCCGUUUGACACCGAUGACGCCAUGUUUAGUCCUCCCGUCAAUAAUAGACUCUCCCAUUAUGAAAAUCCAGUCUUGUCCCAGGACCCGGCGCCUCGCACAAUGCACAAUCACCGGAAACGCAAAUCGCUCACGCGGAACCGCAUCAUACCACCGGAGGAAGAUAUCAAACGUCUUUUCCAAGAAUGUAAAAUUGGUCAGGGUAAUGCUAGUUUGCUUUCCCAGGCAUUGGCACUUGCGCGCCCCGAAGAUCUUCGUGAGAAGGAUGUCAUACAGGAAUUUUAUUUGAAAUGUCGCCAGUCUCAAGAAAUCAUCUACGCUCAAAUCCCUUGGGCAACCGCUGGAGCCGAAAGGUCCAGAGCUGAGCAACAGCGACAAAGCACGCUAUCAGAUAACUCCCCGCUUGAAGAUGCUCCGGUAAAGUUGACGACGGAAGAGCGACUGUUGGCAGCGUUGCUUGGUGCCAACGCAGAGAUUGCAGAUGCUCUGCAGCAAUAUGACGAUCUUGAAAGAGUAGGGUGGGAGCGCGAGGCGGAAGAGAACAGCCGCAAAGAUGUGCGGAUGGAUCCUAGACAAAAGCAGCUGUUGGAGCAGCAAGAACUUCUAUCGGCCAUGUCUGAUAUACAUAUCGGCGGGUCAUCAUCGCGUAGUCCAUCUCCGACUCACUCAUCGCGUUCUCGACCAGUGUCAUUGCUUCAUUCUGAUGUUUCAGCAGCACAGACCUUGGCUCCGCCACCGGCACCUCAUGGCCCAAGGUCUCCAACGCAAACAUCUGUUCAUUCCCGCACCUCUUCACCGAAUGUGGAGUUGACUGUUGCGACACUUGCAAACGGGUCGGAUUCAUAUUGUUCAUCAAGCGAUGAUUCUGUAGAAACGCCUAUUAAGCCUAGCGCCAAGGCGCUCGGGAAGCGGAGAGUAAUCGAAGCAGAAGAAGCCGAUCAACCCUUUGAUCCAGACGACUUGUUUUACGAGACCAGGGACGAGUUUCCUGUUGAAGACCGGAACGACUCAGAUUCGGACGAUAGUCGCGAUGUGCGGUGGCAUAAUGCUCAUCCCGUGCAUUUUGUGUACGAUGCGGCAGCUGAGAGGACGAGGCAGAGACUAGAGAAAGGACAUGCCUUGGUUGUGAACGGGGUACAUUAGAGGAGAGGGUCUGUGAGCGAGCGAGAUAAGUAGUAUGUAUCGUACUGUAGUACUGUAACAUUCAACCAAGUCGAAACCGAACAAUGGGAAACAAUGAAUGCAUCGAGGCCA